GCCCAGCAGCUUCGCUCCUCGCACUGGACUGGCAGAGAGGACCCCUUUCCCCUCCGACUUCUGGUGGCGGUGGUGGGCAACGGUCCUCCUCCUCCCCUGCCGCGGGAUGGCCCUCGCCCGCGCCGCGGCCCUGCUCGCGCUGCUGCACGUGGCGCGCGCAAGCAGCGGCGAGGCGUCGACGAGCCCUGCCUCGCCCGCUCCGGCGGGCGGCGGCGGCUUCCUGGCUCCGAGGGCGCCCGCCGAGGGCGAGCUGGCCGCCAACGGGUCCGAGGAGUCCUACGGGUCCGAGGAGUCCUACGGGUCCGAGGAGGUCUACGGGUCCGAGGUGGAGGAGAACACGAUCAUCAACGGGCACCCGUCGCAGCCGGGGUGUUACUUCCGCCAGCCCUCCAGGUGCCCUGCAAGGCCGAUGCGGACAUCAACGUGGAGGCACGACGCAUGGGCCGAGGAGCACGGGGUCGACGAGGCGGGGUGCGAGGACCGGAAGGGCUACUGGGACAGAUACUGCGGGGCCGAGGACACGCAGGUGGUGCACAUCAGGGGUGGGCUCGCCUACGAGCCCGGCCCCCAGGGGCCCAGCACCAGCUCCGACAACGACAUCGUCAACGGGACCCCAUCGGAGGCCGCCGGCGCGGGCGCCGCGGCGGGGGGCGCGGCGCAGCCCGCAUCGCACGCGCCGCGCGAGGAGAAUGCCUCCGAGCAGGUGUGGGAGCCCGGCCGCCCCCGCGUCGAGCAGCAGGCUGAGCUUGGGCUUGCCCGGGCGCCGCAGUCGACGUGGCAGUGGCAGAACCAGCAGUGCCUUCGGUGCGAGCUCUGCGAGUGGCGGUGCCUGGGGGCACACUCGUCGUGGGAGCACCAGCGGUGCCUGCGGAGCUGCCAGUGGCAGCCAGAGUGCCGAGACUGCCGGCACGGAACGACCGGGUACCAUGGCGGCGCGCCGGGGUGGGGCCCCCUGGCCCGGCCGGCGUCCCCCGGGGUCGGCGCCGCCGAGCUCGCUCUCGACGGCAACAUCGAGCCUCCCGACAACAUCUCGGCUGACGACAUCUCGGUGGAGAUGCCUGCCGGCCUCUUGCCCUGAGGAGGGUGACGAGUGUGUGAGUGCCCGACCGGUGCUCCCGUCUCCUGCGCCGCGGGCUGGCGCUGCUGCAGCUCGAGGCAGGUGCCCUCCGCGCUCCUGGUGCAGCAGCUCUGCCCCAUCUGCUGCCCGUAGGAGUGGCCAGCGAGCAGGUGCGGGACGUGGUUGUUUUUUGUGGGAUGCGUGGCCGAAAGGUGAACGCGGGAUCACGGUAUCCCGACGUGCGCGCCUUGCCUUCGAAGGAUCAGAGACCGGCACGAGCACAAGCUUUCGGAGAUCCUUUCGAACAAGUUUCUGUUUAUGCGUGUUAUCAUCAUUUUAAUGCGUCUUGCUUUGACACCUGGAGCAGGUGACAUUCUGUGCGCUGCCCAGUACAGUUAUCGAUAGUACAGGUCGCACGAAUUCGAGGGCCGCGAACAGUUUCGAAUCAUCGCGGCCCUCUGCGUCUUUCAGAUGUCCGUGCCUCGAGUUCAAUUGCAACCCGGCAUGAUUCCAUGGCUGCUUGGGCGAUUACAGUGGUGCCCAGGAAGCCGCGGAAGGCUCGCGGGCUCAUCUCGUUGCGCGUUCAUGCUACUCAGCCGAGAGGUAUCAAGCCGAAGUCUGGCGAAACUACACAAACAC